CGUUUGUAACUAAAACAUUGGAAAGCAAUAUUUGUGAAUUUGAAAGUGAAUUUAUUUGUGAAUUUUAAGUGAAAUGUUCAAAAAUAAAAACGAAAGCAAUAUUGUUUAUAAAUGUACAGUGAGGCUUCUUGAAGACGCUGAUAUUCUUGAAUGCGAGUUUCAGCCAUUCCAUAGAGGAAGCUAUCUUGUAGAUUUUAUAUGUGAUCAAUUGAAGAUAAAGGAGAAGGACUAUUUUGGCUUGCGUUAUGUGGAUGUGUCGAAGCAAAGGCACUGGUUGGACCUGGGGAAGUCUGUUAUAAAGCAAUGCAAAGAUGUGGAUCCAAUACUCUUCUCCUUUCGAGUGAAAUUUUACCCUGCAGAUCCAUUUCGAUUAACAGGCAAUGGACGAAUAAUGCUGUAUCAACAAUUGAAAAGAGAUUUACGCCACGGGCGACUUUAUUGUUCUAUUGGGGAAGCAGCAGCAUUGGGUUCUCUCAUUGUCCAGGAGGAGAUUGGAGAUUACAACGAAGCAAUUCAUAUUGAUAAUUAUGUGUCAUCAAUGAAUCUAGCUUUACGUCAAACAGAAACCCAUGAGAAGAAAAUAAUGGAACUUCACAAGAAACGGCAACCUUAUCAAGAUCCUAGUGUGGCAGUAGAUGAAUUCAUGGGUAUUGCUAGAGGUCUUGAAACAUACGGAAUAGAUCCUCAUCCUGUAAAGGACCACCGGGGCUCUCAAUUGUAUAUUGGAAUUAAUUAUUCCGGUAUUAGUACUUUUAUUUCUGGUAAACGUUCACAGCAUUUUCGUUGGAAUGAAGUUCAUAAAAUCAAUUUUGAAGGCAAGAUGUUUAUUGCCCAUCUUAGUUAUACUGAUGCCAGCAGGGAACCAAAAAAACAUACUAUUGGAUUUAAAUGUUCCUCUAACGUCACAUGUAGAUACCUAUGGAGAUGCGCAAUUGAACAAAUGUUAUUCUUUACACUUCCAAAUAGCCAGCAUGCAGCGGUGGUUUCUGGCGGUGGAUUUUUUUCCUGGGGUACCAAGUUCAAGUAUACUGGAAGAACAGAACGUGAAAUACUUACGGAAAGUAUUAAUGCACUUCGUGAACAAAAGCUGACCAAUUCAUCGACAAGUAAACGAAAAGCCAGCAGUGUCCCAGCAACGCCUUCCAGUCCUCAGGGCGAUCUGGCGCAAAUACGUAAACUAUUGAGAAAUUCAUACAUAGCUUCAAACGAUUUAAAAAAUUUAAAUUUACAUUCAGGCUAUAGCAGUUUACCUCGUUCAACAAUGUCUGAACCGUUAAGCAACUGUACUAUGCCAGCAACAGAUAGUCUAAAUAACAUUGUUUUUAGCCAAAAUCUCGGGUAUGACGUAUCCUGCAACAGUGGCGUACAGGUGCCAAGUCUUGAGCCGGUAUCUGAAGAGGCUCGAAUGCGUGCGUCAACCAAUUUCGAUAACAUCAACAUGCUAAAUAAUUGUAGCACUGCAGAGAUGUCAAAAUAUUAUUUAAAGUCAGAAGAUUCCAUAUUAUACUCAUCACCCGAAUCAACAGUUUUCAAUACAUACGACAGCGAAGGUGUACCACCCACAGAUUCCGAAAAGAGACUAAGUGCAUAUUUUCAACAACAGCAAUCCAACAAUACAGCAGUAAACUCAUGUUUAAACACAUCAACGACUUCCAAGAGUAAUGACAACCCUACGUCUGACUACCAAUAUACCAAUAGUGCCAAAGGUGUACGUAAAUUUCAUUUCAUCAACGCGUUCAUUCCAUCAUUUGUUUUCGUAGUCAUAGCUAUGACAAUAUCCGCCAUCAUUGUACUUGAAUCCGAUUCGGAUCUGUUUGAACAGAUUCGAAAUCUCCCCGAGAUGAUUAGUUUACGUUAUCAAUAUUAUCAACCACUUAAGGAGUAUAUUAUACAAAAAGUUGGACGUAAAACAUAAAACAUUGUUCACAAACAAUUUUAUGCUUCUAAAUAAAGAAAUAAAAAGGGUUUUUCCACCACACAUAUGUACAGAAUA